CCGGCUCCGGGAUGGUGCAGCGCGGCCCGCGGGGCCGGGGCGCGGAGGCUCGGCGGGAGCCCUGCGCCCCGCUGCCCGCCCGUGACACCGAGCCCGCCUGGUGCAAGACGCCGAGCGGGCACAUCAAGCGGCCCAUGAACGCCUUCAUGGUGUGGUCCCAGCACGAGCGCCGCAAGAUCAUGGACCAGUGGCCCGACAUGCACAACGCCGAGAUCUCCAAGCGCCUGGGCCGGCGCUGGCAGCUCCUCCACGACUCCGAGAAGAUCCCCUUUGUCAGGGAGGCCGAGCGCCUGCGCCUCAAGCACAUGGCUGACUACCCCGACUACAAGUACCGGCCUCGGAAAAAGGGCAAGGUGGGCACCGGAGCAGCCCGCCCGCGGCUCCCAGUGAAGAUCAAGCCCUCGGUGUUGGGCCGUGUCUCUGCCAGCCGCAGGCAGCCCGCCAAGCUGUCCACCAGCCCCGACACCCCGCAGGAGCCCGCACCAGAGGUGCCCGCUGAGGACAGCCCUGUGAUGCCUGGCACGGCUGCCUGGCACCCGGCGCCCGACGGGGAGCAGAGCCCCCAGGAGUCCCCUGCACCCCUGAGCCCUACCACACCCUGCCCGGAGCCAGGGAGGUCCCCAGAGAGCGGGUCCCCCUCUCCCAUGUCGGCUGGGUCCCCUCCCUCUUCCUUCAGCUCCUCUGACGAGGAGCUGGAGGAGGAGCUGCUGGGGAUCAUGCCCGGGCGGGCGCCUGCCAGUGCCACCUGUGGUGCCCUGGACUGGUCCGUCUUCGACAAGGACCACGACCUCUACCCGCGGGGAGGCUCCUCGCACUUCGAGUUCCCGGACUAUUGCACGCCCGAGGUGACGGAGAUGAUAGCAGGGGACUGGCUCAUGUCCAGCAUCUCAGACUUGGUCUUUACCUACUGAGUCCCACGCUCUGCAGGAAUCAGGUAUUUUGCCUUGAAGCUGCUGGAAGGCAGAGCCCCUGCUCCCCCCACCCCCUGGCACACACCCAUCUCCAUCCGUCUGUCUGUCCGGCUCUCGCCUCGUGCCCGCAGGACGCAUGGCCGCCCGCUGCGGUUACUUGCCCGUGAAAUGCAUCUCAUCGGGUUUUCAUUGUCACACCCGGCCGCUUUCCCCCACGGCCCCUGCGCUGACAGCCAUGGCUGCUCCCGGCUGCUCCCAUCUGUGCCAGUACCGUGUGCCCUCCCGCUCUCCAGGAAGCAGGAGCAUCCACGCCACCCCAGCUCUCGGUGCCCACCCCACCUUCCCCAUCCCUCGGAGAAUGGCUGAUUCCGUUUGGUUUUUGACUGUAUUGAACGCAUGGCUUCAAUUUUCUCCUCUUCCUCUUUGCAGCCCUUGGGGAGGGAUGCCGAGCCAUGCCAAACUUUCCCUUCCCAACUCCUUGUUUUGUGAGGGGUCCCUGGUUUGGGGGUUCAGUGUCCCACAGCAGCGACUCCUUUCCUUUGGCGUAGGCUCCCCGCCACUCGCUUUGGGAAGAGUGAAGUUGUACACACGUGAUGAGCACGUGGGUGCGGGAGGCUGUGUUGUUUCUCUCGCCAGGCAGUUGUGCAGGGAAAGCUGUGCCACGGAGAGAGCCCCUGUCCGGAGUCAUCCCGAAAUUGUAUGGGGACCAGCCCUUCACUAAGCAGCCAGCCUUCAUUUUAACCUUGGAGCCUGUGCCUGUGCAGGACCUGCUGUGGGCUGGCUGACCUUGGCCGGUGGAGCUGGGUGUCACUGUGCUCAGCCGUGGCACGUGGUGCUGCCGGGAUGGCAGGGAGCAGCAUAGAAGGGCAGGGUGGCAGCGAAGGGCAGCUGUGGGAAAUCUGCCUUAAGCAACCACCCAAACUGGUCCCAGAGCAGCUGCAGCCAGUGCUGCUGGGCGUGUGGGGUGUAGGUGAUGCUCUGGCGCACGGCUCCUCCGCACAGCACCAAGCUAGGCUCCACUGCCAGCCACGCCAAGAGCAGAGACAUGCUGGCAGGGAAGAUGCUGCUGCAGCGGCUCCUCCAGCUGGGAUUUUCUUUGCUUUUCCUAAUGGCUCCUUUCUGCGACAGCCGCCUCCUCCCACUGCCGGGAGCACGUGGCUGCAGUGCUGGCUCGGCAGCUGCCGCAGGCUGUGGUUGGGGGGGCUGGGGCUGCGCUCUGGUACAGCUGUGCUGGGUGGGGACCCCACACAUCCCUGGGGACGUGGUCAUGGCUUGGGCUGGCAGCGUCUGCAAGAGCUGUACUGGGCUCGGCAGCAACCGCUGCUUGUAGCAGCCCCUGCAGUCCCCCAUGACCCCGAUUCCCCAGGGACUCUGGAUUUGUGGGGGCCCCUCGGAUCCUUCCCUGCCAGUGGGGUGCUGGCAGCAGCAGAGCACCUGCUGCUUGGGACUCUGCCUCCCUGUUCUGGGGCUGCCGGUUCCCCCAGUCACAGGCUACCCCGUGCCUGCCCCUUGCUGUCAGGCUGGACUGAGCCGUGACCAUGGGAAGGACAUCCCCCCCCCUCCCAUGUGCUGGCAUCCCCUGAGGGUGCUUCGAAGUAGGUGCCUGGCCCUGCUGCUGGAGCUGCUGGUGGCCCUGGCUCAGCCGUGGGGAUAGGCACUGCAGCGCAGGGAGAGGUGUGUCCCUGUGCCCUUUGCAGGGAUGCUUGAUGUCCCCCAGCCCAGUCCCUGGGGACCCCUCGAGGCCCCCCGCGAUGGUCAACCAUCAGCAGUGUAGAUGUGUCGGUGUGUAGCGGUAGCUGUGCGUGUGUGUUGGCAUUAGCCACGGUGUUUCGGUACCCCCGUGCGGGUGCCAGCCUGCGGAGCCAGGCGGGCAUCACGCAUCAGACACGUGUUCCCUGGAUAGAGCGCGUCCUCUUCUCUGCGUCCCCUCCCUCCCCGGCCGUCCCCCACCGGAACCAAUCCCGCCCCCAAAGGUGGAAAAGCCAAAUAAGCGCCGGGACAGCCGUGAUUCUGGCAGCCUGCUCCCGCCUCACCGCCGCCUCGGGGGGACUUUGCCUUCCCACCCCCUGGGCAGCCCCGCUCCAGGAGCAUCUGAAGCCCCCUCCCAUGUGUGAGCCGGGUUUGGGGUUCCCGUGGGGUCCGGCGGCCCCAGAGCUCUCUAACACUCACGGAUCUCACCCAGCACCUCGGUGCCUUCUUGGGGUGCACAGCCACCCCAUGCUGUGGCCAGGGCUUCUCAGGGAGGGUACUGAGGCUGACAGUCACCUGCCCUCCAUCCCUGUCCAUGGGGAAGCCAAAGCCCCCAGGUACCAGCAAGGCCUGAGGCCACACUGAGGGUCUCGCAUCACGCGUGUGCUUUGCUGACCCUGCAGCUCAGGGCUCAGCUUCCGUUCCUACGGGGGACACGGGUCCCAGUGAUCCCCUACGUGCUGUGCAUCACCCUUGAGCCAGGGUGAUCCCUCCACAGACUGUCAGGCGAAAUAUUUCCUCAGGAGCAGGUUCUGGGUCGGUGCCAGAACCGGAGCCAGUGCCGGGGUCUCCUGCCCUGGCCGCAAGCACAACAUCAUCCGCUUUGUCCCCGUCCUCACCCCUGUCCCCCUCCUCGAGUCUCGCCGGGUAUGUUUGUCAGGGAGAACCGUCGUGGACAGUGGUGGAUUUUCUGUGCCGUGUGGUUGUAGUGCUUAGAGACCCCCCCAGCGUGCGGCCCCCUCCCGCUGCGCCCCCGCUGCCCGGUGCUGGCUGGCAUGCGUGUGCGAGCGUGUGUGCGUGCGCGUGCGACAUCCCGUCAUCACUCCAGACAAAGCGAAUAAUAAUAAUAAUAGUAAUAAUAAAUAAUAAAAAUAAACCAAACCUCUCUCAGGAAGCAGCUGCCCUGGCGGCGGCCGAGUGGGCCGGGGGUACCCGGAGCUGGCGGGGCCCCGGCGCAGCCUGCGGACGGGCGCCAGCGCUCGGGGUCACCUUUGUAGUGUUGUGUUAGUGAAGGGUCCCUGUGUCUGUUAUCUUGGAGAAACAGGAUUUUAGCCGAGGGGCAGUGACGACCCCAUCUGGGUCCGUCUUGGGGGUGUGACAUGGCUGGCCCUUGCUCUGCAGAACCUCGGCUAACAAUGAUCCUGACUGUUGUGAUUAUGGAAUAAAGUGUGUUGGUCUGCUCUCCA